AUGUUGGCCAUGAAGACCUUCUCCCUGCUGGUGGUGUCCCUGCUCCUGGCAGUGGUGCUGGGGAAGAAAGAAGAGGAUCACUCCAAGCUAGGGUUCCACUCUAAGCCCAGUGGCUCCCAGCCUCGAGCAGCCAGGUAUGCUGAGGGCACCUUCAUCAGUGACUACAGUAUCGCCAUGGACAAGAUCCGCCAACAAGACUUUGUGAACUGGCUACUGGCGCAGAAGGGGAAGAAGAGCGACUGGAUACACAACAUCACCCAGAGGGAGGCUGGGGCCUUAGAGCUGGCCCAUCAGUCUAACAGGAAGGAGGAGGCAAAGGAGGAGCAGGGUUCCCUACCCAAGAACCCCAGUGAUGAAGAUUUGCUAAAGCGUUUACUGAUUCGAGAGCUGCUGGCCUGGAUGGUGGAUCAGAUGGAGCUCUGCAGGCUCAGGUGGGAGUCUGGCAGCUUUGGGCAUCUUGCAUAUCGGUUGUGA